GCUGUGACGUCACGGAGGCCGCAACUGGCGCGCAGACUCUUCUCAGGUGAAGCCUGGCGGGUCCGUGGGCGCGCGGGCGGACCCAGGACUGGCCGGGCGGCCGCCCUCCCCGCCUCGGCUACGCGCUGGACUCCCGCCGUUUCUCGGAGGCGUUCGCGCGAACGCGUGCGAGGUCCCCGCGUAGACAGCGUGUGGCCUGCGCGCUCAUCCCGUUGGCGGGCUUGUCAAGGUCCGUGAUCCCGGAGAGCUUAUGGACUGGAGGGCUGACGCUGCUGGCCGGGAGGGUACGGCGCGUGCCCUCCGGGGCAGCAACGCAAGGCCUCUUCCGCCGCGGGCUGCAAGACCCGGGGUUUGGGGUGAGGAGGCCGCCCGCCCCUCGACCCUGACCUUCAGGUCUUUAAGCGCGUAAAGUGACACAAAAGGUGUGUGUGGGGGGGGGGGCGACGUUUCCUGCCCACCGGGGCCGGGAGCUAAGGAUCGGCAUGGCCAGCAUCACCCAGCUGUUCGAUGACCUUUGUGAGGUCCUCCUGCCGACUGCCCAGGCUCGCCCCGGCCAGCGCAGCAUGGACAGGAAGAGGGCAAAGCAGAGCCUCAAGAGGGUGGCCUACAAUGCUCUUUUCACAAACCUUUUUCAAGAGGAGACCCAUAAGCUGCAGCCCGACCUGUCCAAGCUCCCAGUGAGAAACAAGGUCCUCAUGUUGUCCUUCGACUUGAGGGUGGGCGGCCUGGGCCCCGAGGCCAGCCGUUUGGAGGAGCUUGUGGAGGAGCUGGAGGCAUUCCCUGGCUGUCCGUUUGUGGAGGUGAGGGCCGUGUUGGACCUCCUGGUUCAGCUGGCAGGGAGCGGUCCCCCUCAAGCACUGCGGAGAAAACGAGACUACUUCUUUAACAACAAGCAUGCAGGUCGAAACGUUCCCUACAGCGGCUACGACUGCUAUGACCUAAGUGUGUUUGAGAUGGAUGUUCAGUCCCUGAUUUCCAGGGAGGAGUGUUUGUGUCACAGCAUGAUCCAGGAAACACUUCAGGUGAUGGAGGCCGCUCCAGGAACCGGCCUGCCCACCGUUGGCCACUUCUCCUUCAGUGACAAGUUUGAGAGAGAUACCCGGGUGUCGCUCUUCGGUGCCCUGGUGCACAGCCGCACUUACGACAUGGAUAUGCGAUUGGAUCUACCUCCUGUGCCAGAGAGCGCAGACCUCUCUGGCCUUGCCAUUAAGGUCCCUCAGAGCAUGGAUCAGUGGGAAGAUGAAGGGUUCCAGUCAGCAUCCAAUUUGACUCCUGAUUCCCAGUCUGAACCAAGCAUGACCCCGGAUUUGGACCUGUGGGAAGCUGCACUCACCUAUGAGACCAGCAAGCGGAGGUGCUGGGAGAGAGUGGGAUGCCCACCUGGCCACAGAGAAGAGCCCUACCUCACUGAGGCGGGAAGGGACGCCUUCGACAGGUUCUGUAGGCUCCGCCAAGGGGAGCUGCAGACACUCAGUGGGGGCUUCCUGCAGGCCCCAAAGCCAGUGCUGGUGAAGGAAAGUGAGCUGGUGAAGGACUCACUGAAUGUCCUGAUUGGGGUUGUUUCUGCCACAUUUUCCCUCUGCCAGCCAGCUCAGGCCUUUGUGGUGGAGCAAGGUGUCCACGUGUCAGGUGCGUCUCCUGAGAGCAUCAGCAGCAUCCUGUCAGAGGUGGCCGAAUAUGGAACCUAUUACACGCGCCUGAGCCACUUUUCUCUGCAGCCCAUCCUAGGCUCCUCGUGCAGCAAGGGCCUCGUGUUCCAGGCCUUCACCAGUGGCCUGAGAAGGUACCUGCAGUAUUACCGGGCCUGUGUUCUCUCCACUCCAGCUACCUUGAGCCUCCUCACCAUUGGCUUUCUCUUCAAGAAACUGGGCCGGCAACUGAGGUACCUGGCUGAGCUCUGUGGUGUUGGCACUGCGCUCCCAGGGACCAAUGGAGGAGAGCCCAGAACCAUGUUUCCCACGGGAGUGAAGCUGCUGUCCUACCUCUACCAGGAGGCGCUGGAUAAUUGCAGCAACGAGCACUACCCCGUGCUGCUGUCCCUGCUGAAGACCAGCUGCGAGCCCUACACACGGUUCAUCCAUGACUGGGUGUAUAGUGGGGUCUUCAGAGACAUUUACGGGGAGUUCAUGAUCCAGGUGAACCACGAGUACCUCAGCUUCAGAGACAAGUUUUACUGGACCCAUGGCUAUGUGCUCAUUUCCGAAGAGGUGGAGGACUGUGUUCCUGUGUUCUUGAAGCACAUCGCUCAAGAUGUGUACAUCUGUGGGAAAACCAUCAACUUACUGAAGCUCUGCUGUCCCCGGCACUACCUCUGUUGGUCUGAUGUCCCCGUCCCUCGCAUAUCAGUGAUUUUCUCCCUUGAGGAGUUGAAGGAGAUUGAGAAGGACUGUGCUGUCUACGUUGGGCGGAUGGAAAGGGUGGCUCGCCACAGCUCCAUCAGCAAGGAGGAGAAGGAAUUACGUAUGGAAAUUGCAAAAGAAGAAUUAAUUGUCCAUGCCCGGGAAGCAGCAUCCAGAGUCCUAAGUGAGCUAAGUGACCGGCAGAUGUCUGAACAGACGGCCUUGGACGCUCGGAAGCGAGAGCAGUUUCAACGGCUGAAGGAACAGUUUGUGAAGGACCAGGAGCGACGCCUGGCUGCCAGACAGGAGGAGCUGGAUGAUGACUUUAGCUAUGCCCGAGAGCUCCGUGAUCGGGAGAAGAGGCUGAAGGCCCUGGAGGAGGAGCUGGAGAAGAAGGCCAGGCAGGCACUGGUUGACCAUUAUAGUACGCUGUCUGCUGAGGCAGCUCGUCGAGAGCAAAAGGCACUGUGGAAGAUACAGAGGCACCGUUUGGAAAAUGCACGGCUUCGUUUUCUCCUAGAAGAUCAGAAGCUCAUUCAGGGGUUGCUACAAGACACGGCUGAGGCUGGCCAGCCCGAGGAGCCACUGAGUGUCUUCCCAGGCACAUGCUCCCAGGUUACAUCUCUGGGCCCAGAGCACCCAGGAAGAGGUGGUAGCUGUGAUUCAGAGCCUACAGAACAGCACUCAGCCCACAGCCCAAGCAUUUUGAGUGUACCAGCACCACAGCACCUCGAGUCUCUAGCAGUGGGGGCUGGUGGCCCAGGGGCUGGGCAGGUGGAGGGAGUUGGAUCAUUGUCUGCUGGCCUCAGCAUCACAGGCUUCCUGCCCACGGACUUGGAGGCUGAGCAGGCUGUGCUGGAUGGUGGGGCCCCACCCCUGGAGGAAGCACUACAGACCAUCUACUCAGACCUGCCCCCUGUGAUGCCUGGGGAGGUACCCACAGCAGCUGGCAUCCAGCCUGCCCAGCCAGAGUAUGAUUUCAGUACCAUCCUGAGGCCAGCUGUGGCCAACUUGCCUUCACUAGGGCCCUUCCAGGCUGUUGAAGGCAGCCUGGGCAAUGAGGAGCAGCCAUGGGGGGAUGCACACAUGAAGCUAGAUGUCCAUGACACAAAGAUGGCUCUGCCUCACCCACACCCACUCAGGCACAUCACUCCUGAGGACGGAUGCAGCCAGUCCAUGGAGCAGCUCCUUGGGCACCUGUCAGGGGCUGCUCUUCCCAUAGAGGGCUGUGCUUCUGGAAUGGCUCCCUGCAGACCACGGUGGAACAUCCACGGACACGUGUCAGAUGCCAGCAUCAGGGUUGGGCAGAAUGUGUCAGACGUGCCCGUGGCUCCUCGGCCACGGUGGAACAUCCACGGACACGUGUCAGAUGCCAGCAUCAGGGUUGGGCAGAAUGUGUCAGACGUGCCCGUGGCUCCUCGGCCACGGUGGAACAUCCACGGACACGUGUCAGAUGCCAGCAUCAGGGUUGGGCAGAAUGUGUCAGACGUGCCCGUGGCUCCUCGGCCACGGUGGAACAUCCACGGACACGUGUCAGAUGCCAGCAUCAGGGUUGGGCAGAAUGUGUCAGACGUGCCCGUGGCUCCUUCUCGGCCACGGUGGAACAUCCACGGACACGUGUCAGAUGGCAGCAUCAGAGUUGGGGAGAAUACGUUAGAUGUGGCUCCUUCUCAGCCACAACAGAAUGCCCGUGGGCACAUCUCUCAGUCACCGGUGAUUCCUGAGGUACCUUCAUCAGAAGCCGAGCUCAGCCCGCCCAGCCCCCACCAGAGUCUCCCUGGCCACAUGUCCCAGUCAGGCCUCAGUCUUGAAGCACAGAGCCCUGCUCUGGAACAUGAACCUGCAGACAUGGAGCCUACCCUUUGCACCCCAGGCCCAGGCAAUACAGAGGGCAGCCUUCUGACCAAGGCCCCUGCUAAGGCUGAGUCCAGCACCCUGGGAGACAGCAUUCCCAAAGGGCCAGGCCAAGGGAGGAGUGGGGACACUGACGAUUUCUCUCCAAGUUGGCCUACAAACUCACAGGAAGGCACAGCUGCUCCAAGCAGCCCAGGCCCUGGUGAGGUGGUAGAUGCAGACGCAGAGGCUGAGGCCCAGCGCCAGGACGAGGAGCAGGCCUACCUGGCAGGACUUGCCAGGAUGUACCAUCUGGAGCAGUACCCAGACAGCUAUGAGUCUAUGUCAGAGCCUCCUGUUGCCCACCUGGUAAACCAUGUUCUUCCCCGGGCCUUUGCCUUUCCUGUGGAUCCCCAGAUCCAGUCUGCUGUGGACGAGACUGUGGUGCAGCUGAGUGAGCUGCUGACGCUGCCUGUGCUCAUGAAACGCUCCCUCAUGGCACCACUGGCUGCCCAUGUCUCCUUGGUGAACAAAGCUGCAGUUGACUACUUCUUCGUGGAGCUGCACCUGGAGGCACACUUUGAGGCAUUGCGGCACUUCCUGCUGAUGGAGGAUGGGGAGUUUGCUCAGUCCCUUAGUGACCUGCUCUUUGAGAAGCUUGGGGCAGGGCAGACACCUGGGGAGCUGCUCAACCCACUGGUCCUCAACUGUAUCCUGAGCAAGGCGCUGCAGUACAGUCUCCAUGGGGACACACCACAUGCCACCAACCUGUCCUUUGCUCUCAAGUACCUCCCUGAGGUGUUUGCCCCCAACGCCCCAGACGUGCUGAGCUGCCUGGAGCUCAGGUACAAGGUUGACUGGCCCCUCAACAUCGUCAUCACCGAGAGCUGCCUGAGCAAGUACAGUGGCAUCUUCUCCUUUCUGCUGCAGCUGAAGCUCAUGAUGUGGACGCUGAAAGAUGUCUGCUUCCACCUCAAGCGCACAGCCCUGGUGAGUCACACGGCAGGCUCCGUGCAGUUCCGCCAGCUGCAGCUGUUCAAGCAUGAGAUGCAGCACUUUGUGAAGGUUAUCCAGGGCUACAUUGCCAACCAGAUCCUACAUGUCAGCUGGUGUGAGUUCAGGGCCCGGCUGGCUACGGUGGGCGACCUUGAGGAGAUCCAGCGUGCCCACGCUGAAUAUCUGCACAAGGCUGUCUUUAGGGGCCUGCUGACAGAGAAGGCAGCGCCAGUCAUGAACAUCAUCCACAGUGUUUUCAGCCUGGUGCUUAAGUUCCGCAGUCAGCUCAUCUCUCAGGCCUGGGUCCCGGCCAGUGGCCCCCAGGGCGCUGAGCACCCCAACUUUGCCCUCAUGCAGCAGUCGUACAACACCUUUAAGUACUAUUCCCGCUUCCUCUUCAAAGUGGUGACCAAGCUGGUGAACCGUGGCUACCAGCCCCACCUGGAGGACUUCCUGCUGCGGAUCAACUUCAACAGCUACUACCAGGACUCCUGAGGCAGACGGGACCAAGCCAGGCAGCCCAGUGGUCACUGUUCCUCCUCCGGAGCUCGGCAGGGUUCAGCUGCUCUAGCCGUGAUUGCUGUUCCAUGCGCUCCAACUCCUUUGUGACGUUCGCCUGGGUACCGAUGAGUGCAAAGAGCUGUGGGUUCGUCUGGGCCAGCAUCAACAUCAUGGAAAGCUGUCUGUGGAGAGGCGAUACAGACAGCACCUCAGCCAGGAGCAGCGGUGGGUGUACCCUGCCCUGCUGUGAGGCUUGUUCAGGUGGGCAGCAAUCCAGGCAGAUGCUGCAGGUCAGCUGGGGACAGAGACACCGUCUGCUCUAUGGUGUCUCCACCUAUAUCCCAGCCAAACGCCAGUCACUUUUCUUUUGGACAGUCUCUAGCCUCCAGUGUUUAGUGCUUAUAGGAGGGCCACUCAUUUCCCACUAAAUUCAUUUCUGUGUGACCAGCCUGUGAUUUUUUUAAUUUGACUGUCAGCUACUACCACUUUCCUUGUCUCAUCUGAGUGUGGGCAGCACUCAGCACAGCCCGCUCAGCCUAUGGGAUACAACGAGAGAAGGCAGGGGACCUGAAAGCCACAGGUCUUGGUAAACCAAAGCUAUUUUGGGAAGCCCACCCCAACCCAUAACCGUUCUGUGCCCAGCCACCCCCAUGUCAGCAUCCCUGACUUCUUUGUGACCAACACUACAGAGACAGGAUCUGUCUGCCCCACCCUCAGGACCCC